GAUUUCCGUUCGCCGUGCCCAAAAAUUCGAAUUAAUUUUGGAAAAUGCCAAAACUUCCACGUAUCGACUUUUAUUUUGACGUGAUUUCUCCGUACAGUUAUAUUGCUUUUGAGGUCUUCCAAAAACUGGAAACCCAAUGGAAAGGAGUAACAAUCCGUUACAUUCCAUUUUUCCUCGGAGCCGUCAUGAAAGAAUCAGGAAAUCGUCCUCCAGCAAUGCUCCCAGCUCGAUCAAUUAUGAUGAUGACUGAUUUGAAGCGAACUGCAAAGUUCUGGGAUAUUCCAUUGACUCCACCACCAUUGUUCAUGGAAUGGAUCAAAAAGUACCGUACUACUGGAGCAAUGAAGGUUUUGUUGGUUUUGCAGGAGCAGGAUAAGGAGCUGAUGCUCCGAGCAGCUCGGGAAAUGUGGGUCAGAUUGUGGUCUCGAAGUGAGAAGAUUUUUGAGGAUCAAGACUUUGUGGAAGUAUUGAAGGCAGUUGGUGUUAAGAAUCCGGAGCAAAUUGUGGAAAAGAGCAAGGAUGAGAAAUAUAUAAAGAUUUUGAUGGAGAAUACGAAUAAGGGAGUUGAUUUGAUGGCAUAUGGUGCUCCAUGGAUCAAUGUGCACACAGAAGAUGGAUCGGAGCAUUCAUUCUUUGGAUCAGACCGUUUCCAUUUGAUUGCCGACCUUCUUCAACAGCCACAACCGCUUCCAGACCGACUUUUUGGCCAGAAAUCAAAACUUUAAAUAUUUGUUGUAAGAUAAGAUGCGCUAAAUAUAUGAAUAAAUUGGGUAAAUAUUUUU